UUUCUGAAAUAAUGCUACCCUUGUUAAAGUUGAUACUCCUACCCUAUGCACAUCCAAUAUCCUCAUAAAGUUCAAAUUUAUGCCAAGCCCAAAACCUAAAAUUUUACUUCAAGAAUAAAAAAAACCAUCACUUUUUCAAACAUCCCCUCCUCAAACUCUCUCAAAUCUUUCCCAAAUUCCCAUACACAUGACGAUUUAGUCCACCCAAAAACCAUCUCAAAUAUGUGUUCUCAGCUACCCAUAAUACCCUUCUCCUUGUUCUUGUUCUUAUUUCCCAUCAUCAUUCAAGUGGUUAAAUCUGCACCAGAUAACACCAAUUUAGUAUACAAAGGAUGUGCAAAGCAAUCUUUACAAGAUCCCAAUGGAGUUUACUCCUCUGCCCUUUCCGCCAUUUUCGGGACUCUGAUUCAACAGUCGUCAAAAGCAAUGUUCUUCAAAACGACAAGUGGCAGUGGCCAAGCAUCAAUCACCGGUCUUUUUCAAUGUAGAGGCGAUCUAACGAAUCUCGAUUGUUAUAACUGUGUGAGCAGACUUCCAAUCUUGAUGGACAAGCUCUGUGGGAAGACAGUUGCUGCAAGACUCCAGCUUUUGGGUUGUUAUAUGCUUUAUGAAGUCGCCGGAUUCUCUCAAAUCUCUGGAAUGGAAUUGCUUUACAAGACGUGUGGGGAAACAAACGCUGGUGGAAUUGGGUUUGAAGAGAAGAGGGAUUCUGCUUUGGGAAGUUUGGAAAGUGGGAUUGGGAGUGGAAACGGUGGAUUUUAUACGACGAAUUAUGAAUCGAUUUAUGUUUUGGGGCAAUGUGAAGGUGAUUUAGGAAGUUCUGAUUGUGGAGACUGUGUUAAAACCGCUGUUCAGAGAUCUCAAGUUGAAUGUGGAAGCUCCAUUUCUGGACAAGUUUAUCUUCAUAAAUGCUUCAUUAGUUACAGUUAUUACCCUAAUGGAAUCCCAAAUCCCAAGAAAUCAUCAUCUUCAUCUUCAUCGUCGUCGUCGUCAUCAUCAUCGUCUUCUUCAUAUUCUUCAUCGUCUUCAUCGCCUUCUUCAUCAUCAUCUUCGUCUUCUUCAUAUUCUUCACCAUAUUCUUCUUCCUCAUCGUCAUCAGAUACUGGAUCAAAUACAGGAAAAACUGUAGCGAUAUUCUUGGGAGGGGCAGCAGGAGUUGGAUUCUUGGUGAUAUGUUUAUUGUUUGCUAAAAAUCUAGCAAAGAAACAUGAUGAUUAUUGAAAGGAGGAUAUAGGAGUUGUUCAAAGAACAAAGAUCAAAAUUUUGAGGUGACAACGACUAUCACAUGCGAAUAAAGUAUGUCGACUCCAAUCUCAGAUAAUAAUUCGUAUUGUUUCAACAAUAUAGUUUUUUUUUUCUUAAUGGGAAAAAAAUGUUUUAGGUAAAAUAGGUUGGAUCAUGUUUUGUGACAUAUCAUAAUAAUUAUUACAAAACUUUUCACCGAGUCAUAAGAAUCUCACAUCUCACAACAAUGAAUACGUAAAGAAGCCACGGAGUCACGGACAAGUAUAAAAUCUUCAGGC